CGCGAAAUUUUCUACAUACUUGAAUGUGCCUUUUCUACGCGCGUUUGCUGACUUGGGACUGAUAGACGAAACAUGAAAUUCGCCGAACACCUAAGUGCCCACAUCACACCAGAAUGGCGCAAGCAAUACAUCAACUACGAGGAAAUGAAGGCGAUGCUUUACAUGGCGGUGGAACAAUCCCCGUCCGCGGAAAGUGUAGAACAAGAAACCCUCACCCGCCACUAUCGCAACUUCGACGAACAAUUUUUCCAUUAUUGCGACAAAGAGCUGAAGAAAAUCAACGUAUUCUACGCGGAAAAGUUAGCUGAAGCGACGAGAAAGUUUGCCACACUUAACAGCGAGCUGAAAACUUCCCUAUCGGAGUCUAGACACCGACAUAAAGCUAAAUACAAAGAUGAUCAAACCAAACGUGUCCAGAUACCGACCAGGAAGAUUCAAGAAUUUAAAACUGCGUUCAGUGAAUUUUAUCUCAGCCUGAUCCUGCUACAAAACUAUCAGUCCUUGAACCACACCGGUUUUCGGAAAAUAUUGAAAAAACACGAUAAGUUAUUAUCCGUUGAUUUCGGUCGAACAUGGCACAGCGAGAAUGUCGAGGCGUCUCAUUUUUACACGAACAAGGACAUCGACAAGUUGAUCUCCGACACGGAAUCGGCUUUCAUCAAUUCUUUAGAAUCAGGCGAUCGUCAAAAGGCGAUGAAACGUCUACGCGUGCCUCCAUUAGGCGAACAAAGAUCUCCCUGGACGACAUUUAAAGUUGGUCUCUUUUCUGGUUCCUUUAUUGUUCUUCUGAUUGCGGUGGUACUCUCCGCCAUUUUUCAUGAAGGAACGGGAGAUAAUCUACGUAUUGCUUUCCGUCUGUACAGAGGCCCAUUGCUCAUCAUCGAAUUCCUAUUUCUCAUGGGUGUUAAUGUUUAUGGCUGGCGCUCAAGUGGCGUAAAUCACGUGCUCAUUUUUGAACUUGAUCCACGGAAUCAUUUGUCCGAACAAGACUUAAUGGAAUUGGCCGCCAUCUUUGGCGUCGUGUGGACGUUAAGCUUUCUUAGUUUCCUCUACAGUUCCUCGCUCAGCGUUCCUCCAUACGUAAAUCCAUUUUUCCUCACUGUUCUCAUGUUUGUAUUCCUUAUCAAUCCGCUCAAAGUUUUUAGGCAUGAUGCGCGAUAUUGGUUUUUGAACAUUUGUAUGCGAAUGUUUGGCGCGCCAUUUUUCCACGUGAAUUUUGCCGAUUUCUGGCUGGCGGAUCAACUUAAUAGUUUGGUUGGAGCAUUACUGGAUUUCCAAUUUCUGGCGUGUUAUUAUAGCCUUGGAGACAAUUGGGAUGCGCCAAAUGAUACGAUGAUUUGUCAAGAGAAAAGUUUUGUGAUUCGGCCUUUAGUUAAUUGCAUUCCAGCGUGGAUACGCUUUGCUCAAUGUUUGCGCCGUUAUCGUGAUUCAAGGGAAGCGUUUCCGCAUCUGGUUAAUGCCGGCAAAUAUUCAACAACAUUUUUCGUUGUUAUAUUUGGUACACUGCGAGUUUAUUACAGCGAUCAGUAUGAAGAUCCUAUGGAUAAUCCCUUCUUGUAUUUGUGGAUAGUUGCAUCAAUAAUUAGUUCUUGUUACGCGUACACCUGGGAUAUCAAAAUGGAUUGGGGUCUGUUUGAUAAAGCUGCCGGUGAAAACAAAUUUCUCCGAGAGGAAAUUGUCUACUCAUCGACUUUCUUUUAUUAUUUUGCCAUUGCAAUGGAUUUAGUACUUCGUUUCGCAUGGGCGCUGUCAUUUUAUUUAACGGACAACCAGUUUGUGAGUGGUGAUUUGAUGACAUCAGUUUUAGCACCGCUGGAAGUGUUCCGACGCUUCAUUUGGAAUUUCUUCCGUUUGGAGAACGAACAUCUCAACAAUUGCGGUAAGUUCAGAGCGGUGCGCGAUAUUUACGUGGCGCCAAUCGACCAAUGCGACCAGACUGUAAUUUUGCGAAUGAUGGACGAGAAUGAUGGUGUCAUUAAUCGCAAAAAGAAGAAGCCAGCAAAGAAGAAGGACGACAAGAAGUCGUUGUUGCAAGAGGAUGUAUUAAGCAAUUUUGAUUCGAGCAGUCCUACAUCAACCAUACAUUAGCUGAAAACUUAAAGAUAACUUAAAUAUUGACUUAGAUAAAAUCAAUCAAAACUUAAACACUUUUUACAAAGUACUUAAGCCUAUUUGCAGCAUGCUUGCAGAAGAGAACUUUGUAGCACAAAUGGAGAACAAGACAAAAUAGAACAAGUAUUUUUUCUACGAAUAUACACAAAGACGGAUAGUACGGAUAGUUUUAAGUUUGCCAGUCCAAUUUUAAAAUGAUACGAGUAUGUGAUUUUAUUACUAAUUCAAGCAUAGGUAAUGAUGUACUUUAAUAAAUUGAUUGUAAGCAUUCCGCCAGUUAGAGAUAUUAGUAAAUAAUUUUUGUAAUGUUUUGAUUGAAUUUAUAAGUUAGUUUGGAAUGUAUUUAAAAAGUGUUUUACAAAAUUUGCAAGAAUUAAGUGCUUUUAUAGAUACAUAGUGGCUUAAAAAUUUAAAAAAGACGCGUUAUUAUGAAUUUUGUAGAAAACAUACGGUUAUAACAUAUGAUUAUUUUAAAAAAGUGAAUUUAUGAUGUGGAAGAUUAUGAUUCGAGAUGCUGUGAUUACUUAAUCCACUGUAUAUUCUUUGUACUGUUUCUAAGACAAAACUUAUAUCAUAUGUGAAGACUGUGUCAGAAAAUUAUUGAAAUAUAAAUUAUUAUAAUGUA